AUGGCAGACCAAAAAUCCAUCUCAGCCAUUUUCUUAUCCUUCUUCUUCCUGCUCUUGUUCAAAUCCUCCCAUGGAGGCGACAUUGCAAUCUAUUGGGGCCAAAAUGGCGACGAAGGCAGCCUUGCCGAAACUUGCGACACAUCGAACUACAAAAUCGUCAACAUAGCAUUUUUGUCCUCCUUCGGCGGCGGCCAAAUGCCAGCAGUGAAUCUAGCCGGUCAUUGCGAUCCAAGCUUUUACGGCGGUUGCACCUUUCUAAGCCCUCAAAUAAGCAAGUGUCAAGAGCAAGGCAUUAAGGUCCUUCUCUCUAUUGGCGGCGAAGCCGGCUACUACAUGCUUGACUCCGAGGACGAUGCUAAACAAGUGGCUGGCUACCUCUGGGACAGCUUCCUCGGCGGCCAAUCCGAUUCCCGACCACUUGGCAACGCAGUUUUGGACGGCAUUGAUUUCAACAUUCAAAAUGGUGGAAACUUGUAUUGGGAUGUCCUUGCCAAAGCUCUAAAGGAAUAUAGCGACGAAAUUGUUCUUGCAGCCUCUCCACAAUGUUCAUAUCCUGAUGACCACUUGAAUUCUGCUAUCAAAACCGGUCUAUUUGAUUACGUUUGGGUUCAAUUCUACAACAAUCCUUCGUGUCAAUAUUCCGAUGAUGACUUUAAAGAAACUCUAUUGAGCUCAUGGGAACAAUGGUUAAAAAUCGAUGCUAAUUCAAUAUUUUUAGGGCUGCCUGCAUCUCCAUCAAUUGGUGGAUACAUUCCACCAAAAAAUUUUAUUGCUGAAGUGCUUCCAAGUGUUCAAACUUCUUCAAACUUUGGAGGAGUGAUGCUAUGGGAUAGAUAUUAUGACUUGAAAAAUGAAUAUAGUGAGUCCAUUAAACCUAGUUUGGAUAAUAAUAACAAUAUGAUGUCCAAAACUCUUUAG